GAGAUCAUCGAUCUGACCUGCGAGGACAUGAGCACAGACGCAUCGCCAUGGAGGAGCCUCACCAUCAUCGACCUGACAGAGGACACACGCAGCCCUCCCCAUAGCAGCGGCCAGGCUGACCAGGACCCCAGGCAGGUGCCUGUUUCCCCAGCAGUGCACGUGUUCUACCCGUGGCUCUACUCCACCCUGAAGCAAGAAACAGAGCAGAAACCUGAGCUCAUGCCCAGCGGGAAGCUGAGCAUGGUGCACAACACCAUGGAGGAGAACUUCGUGGAGGCCACCUUGCAUUUCCUGAAUGAGUUCAUCUCCUACGAGCACUGUCCCCCAAAAGAAAUCAUCUCCUACUUGAUCAGACAGAUCCUGUUGAACCCCCACAGAGGAGAGAUCCUGAAGGACACCUACAUGCUGCUGAUGAAGAUCCAAAUGCUCCAUCCAGCCAAUGCCGCCACAGUAGGAUGGGACUGGACGCUGCUGAAAUGCAUCAUGGAGGACAAGGCUCAUACUGUCUCCAUCUACCCUCAGGAGAAGCCCCCUGGCCAGCUCCUCUUCCUGCAGUACGUGGUGCAGACCCUGGAGGACGACUUCCAGCAGAACCUGAGGUUGCGCCUGCUGCAGAAGUCAAUUGCCAAGAAAGUGCUUUCGUGUGACAUGUGCUUCAACAACGUCAAGGAGGUGGUUGAAUGGUUGGUCAAAACAGUUACAGGAGUCGGUUUGCCGCAGCCCCAGGAGCAGCCACAAGAAACUACAUCAUCUUCAGCAGAAGCAAGGGGCAAACACAGCUCAUCUACACCAUGGUUGGCCAGCACUGACCAGACAGAGGUGGCUCCACCAGCUUUCUUCACCCAGAAGGUGAUGCUCCUGCUCCAGCGGAUGUUGUCCAUUGCAGUGGAAGUGGACAAAUCUCCCAACUGCAGCUCCUGUAAGAUCGCAGAUGUGAUAUUCCCAUUUAUACUGAAUAUUCCCUUGAGGAGCCAAAGGGAAGCUUUCCUAAAUACCAUGGGGAGCCAGCUCCUGCGCUGCAAACUGCUAGAGCUGUUGUUCCAGCAUAGCUGUCAUGUGCCUACAACCUUGCCUUUGUCUCUGGCCAAGAUCCUUUAUUUCCUGAGCCACUCCUCUGUGCUGCUGCAGUACCAGGAUGAAACAGCAACAUGGCAAAAAUGGGAUGAGAUGCUGGAGUACUUGAGUUUGCUGCUGCUGAGUUACCAAAACGUAAUACUGGAGCACUUGCGGAGCUCACUCACUGACCGGGUGGAUUUGAUCAUUCAGAAAGCCAAGCCCAAGCUCCAGGACAGCGACGACAUUGGCCACCUGGACAUCCGCCUGAAGAUAGAGGACUUCAUCAGCCGAAUGCAGCAGGUUCUGGGGGAGCCUUUUCCUCUGCAGAUCAUGGAGAAACUGGGCAUGCUUCAGGAGCUACUCCUCAUUAUCACCGCUACCUGA